AAAUUUAUGGUCUGGGAGCAGUUUCAAACUCAGAGACUUUAACCUGACAGUAGAGGUUAUUUUAGGGUCUGCAAGCAACAGAAAUAUUCUGUAGAAAUCACUAAAUACUGAGCUGAAGCCCGCCAAAAUAAAAGAUAAGCACAGUGCUUAUAGUGUGGAAGAGAGAGCUUAACUUGUCAGGCAAAAACAAAGCAACAUUUCGUGAUGGGAACAUAGCAUUGCCUAAGUUAUAUUACACGUUGACCAACUUGACUUUAAGAAAGCAGAAAGCAGUAAUGGAGGCCUCCAGCUCAGGAGGUUUGGUCCAGAAUGGAAGAGCGGACGACGACGCAGCAUCUGGGUCAGGGGAAAAUGGGUUGAGGUCGAGGAAAGCACAACUGAAAAGAUCGGUGGGCGGUAAAACAAAGAAAGCCAAAAAGGCCCGAAUGUUCCGACCUCGGCAGCCCAACUACACCAUCCAGCAGGGAGAGGACAUGCUUCUCUAUAUAACCAAUGCUUCAUCUCAGUUUGAAAGCUUGUUUUGGACUCAUAGGAGUAAAAAAGUUUCCAAAGCAAAGUCGCUCAAGAAUCAGAAAAAGAAACCUAAACCUAAACUGGAGAAGAAACCAGUGAAGGAGGAAGAAGAGGACAAAUUUUCUGAGCAUCAGCUGGAAUCUGGGGACAGUUGGGGACAGCAUUUACCAGAGGAGGUGCUGGUCAACAUAUUUCAAAUGGUGGUUGUUCAAGACGGUGCUGUGCCUUUUCUAUGCAGGGUCGGGAGAGUUUGUCGUCUGUGGAACGCCGCUGCCUCCACUUUGAUUCUGUGGAGAAAGGUGACAGUAGGUCACUGUUGGAUCCAACCUGGAAAAAAUCAGCUUGAAAAGACCACACACAAGAUAAAGGAGACUGUUACCUGGCUGGCUCAAAACAGAUUCUCGCAGCUCCGUGACUUCUCUCUCUGUCACUGGACAAAGAAUGUUGACUUCACUUUGGAGGCUGUUUCUAAGUUUUGUCCUCAUCUUCAUUCAAUCCACCUGUCCUACUGCAAAGGUCUGACAGCAAGCGGCCUGAACAGCCUUGGCCUGCACAGCCGCUCCCUGCGAAGGAUCAAUCUGCAGCAUUCAGAGUUUCAGGUUGAAGGACUUGUGGAGUACCUGGAGGAGCAGGGGAAGCAGAUCAAGCAGAUGCUGUUUACCCGCAGUCAUAAAAAUGACAAAGUUCUGGCAGCAAUCACUAGAGGAUGCUGUCCUGAUUUGGAGCUGUUAGAAGUUAACAAGAAACUUGAGAGUAAAGACACAGAACUUUCUGUUUGCUUUCAGUCGCUGCAGAAGGCCUGCCCCAAACUUAAGAUCUUCCGAAUGCUGAACAUCCAAAUUCAGCAUAAGCCGAUACGUAAAAGGGACGAGUCAGAAGCCGGAUUUCCACUUCUGGAUGAGUUUUGUAUCGCCAACACUGAGUAUUCGUACAUGACGGACCAGGUUUUACUGGAUAUUCUGUUUGGCUCCACUAAACUGAGAGUUCUGGACCUGCGAGGCUCCACACGGAUCACAACCAGUGGUCUGGCACAGUUACCUUGCCCCAAGCUUGAGUGUCUGUUCUGGGGUCAAUAUUUCACAAAAAACCUUGGGUUCCCGUCAGUGAAGAAGAACCUUCACCUGCUGACGGAGAAGUGGGGUCACACCCUGCAGCAGCUCGACAUCACCAAUCAGCCUUUCACCGAAGCCGACCUGGAGGUGGCGCUGAGUUUCCUGCGUCAGGUGACGGAUGCAGACACGCUGCUCUCACUGAACCUCAGCGGGACCCGGAUCACACCGCGGGCGCUCAGGCCAGUCCUGGAACGAAUGGCGAGUCUGAGCUACCUUAAUCUUUCAUCGUGUCGCAACCUUCCAAGAGGAGUGAAAAAGAUUUACCGCAGCCGAGAAGAAAUCUGUGAGGUGUUGGACAAUCUGCACUGAGUCUCUGGUUCAGCUGAUGAGAGAGCAUUUGGUGCCUCAUGCCUCUGAUAAUGUUUGAGAACUGUAAGAGUUUUCAUUCAGAUUUGUUUCUAACUGUUGUAAUUUAAAACAAAUCUAACCGUUCUAGAAGACAUGGAAUAGGAUUAGAAAACCUGAUGAUACUGUACUAACUUCACUCAAGGGUCUUACAACACCGGUUGUUUCUUUCUACGAAAAAGGUUAAGAGUUAACUCUGGAUUCCUGGUUUUGGACCAUUUUUAUUUGCACAUAUUUGAAUACGUUGAACAUGUCUGACCAAAACAUUUUGGAGCAAAAAAUAAACAAUUUGUUUCCAAAAA